AUGGCAUCCACACCAGACUUGGGUGCUCCCAGAUUCCCGAAUACCGCGCCAGCUACCGCAGACAAGGAUGGUGGACGAUCACCAUCCGGGCCUAGAGCAGAGCACAAUGGAUCCCGCGAUGACAAUUCAGCAGACCGGCAACCUUUCCAACCCGCACCAGCAUCCAAGCGCCGCCGAGUGCAAGAACGACACCAAGCCCGCAAGCGCGGCCGCACACCACCCUCAGUAUUCUCCCGACGCAACCGCUCUCGCAGUCCCGCCAACGCCGCAUCCAGGGAUGACCACUCACGACGUUCUCGCUCCCCCCUGCAGCCGCGCUCUCCGGAGCCGGAAGAACAGCCGCGGCAGCGCAAGCGGCCUGGUGGUGGUGCACGCAUGGGUCUGAUGAAUAGUGAGACGAUGCGGCGGCGCCAGGAAGAGCGCGAGCGCGCGCUGGAGGCGGACGCGAUGCAGGCAUCCCGGGACCGGGGCGUGUCGGACGUCGUGCGGCAGCACUACAACGCGGUUCCGGAGCGCGGGCGUGAGUGGCGCAAGACCGAGAGCAAAAUCAAGGGCCUGCGCAGCUUCAACAAUUGGGUCAAGAGCACGCUGAUCCAGAAGUUCUCGCCGGACGAAGAGUUCACCGCGCGCUUCGAAGAUACGAAGGACUGGGCGGAUGACGGAGCAGGCCCGCCUCCAGUGGAUGACAAACGGCUGUUGGUGCUGGAUCUCGGGUGCGGUAAGGGCGGUGAUCUAGGGAAGUGGCAGCUUGCGCCGCAGAAGGUCGAUCUCUAUGUUGGACUGGACCCAGCCAAUAUUUCCAUUGAACAGGCGCGGGAUCGAUAUGUUCAGAUGAAGUCGCGGGGAGGCCAGCGGGGACGUCGACCACCGCCGCCGCUAUUCCAUGCUGAGUUCCGCCCGAAGGACUGCUUUGGUGAGUGGCUUGGCGAUGUGGAUAUUGUGCAGCAGGUCGGCAUUGAUGCGAAUGCCGGACCCGGUGGAUCUCUGAUGGCUGCGCGAUGGGGUGGCGGUGGCUUUGAUGUUGUUACUUCUAUGUUUGCAAUUCACUACGCUUUCGAGAGUGAGGAGAAGGCACGCCAAAUGCUCACCAAUGUAGCUGGAUGCUUGAAGAAGGGCGGCCGUUUUAUUGGCGUGUGCCCCAACUCGGAUGUGAUCACUAGCAAAGUUUCCGCAUUCCACAAGCAGCGCAAAGAGCGCGAGGCAGCCAAGGAUGCCAAUGCCGAGCCGGAGAGUCGCGAAGAUGGCGAAGUCGAAGAGGAGGAGCGCUGCGAAUGGGGCAACGACAUCUAUCGUGUCCGCUUCCCCGGUGAUACUCCCGAGGAUGGUAUAUUCCGCCCGCCAUUCGGGUGGAGGUAUACAUACUUCAUGCGCGAGGCCGUGGAGGAAGUGCCCGAGUACGUUGUUCCUUGGGAGGCAUUCCGAGCCCUGACGGAGGACUACAACCUCGAAUUAAGCUAUCGAAGACCAUUCUUGGAGAUCUGGGAAGACGAGAAGAAUCAUCGCGAACUGGGUCCCCUUAGCGAGCGCAUGGGCGUUCGAGAUCGGGCCACUGGCGCCUUGACAAUGACGGAGGAGGAGAAGGACGCCGUCAGCUUCUACCAUGCAUUUUGUUUCUACAAAGUCUAA